AUGAGGAAUAGCUCUGCUGUAUGGACUACUGAUUCCAGUUCAAGUUUAGUUAUAAGCCAAAACAGUAGUAAUAAUAAUAAUAACAAUAACAGUUCUAACAACAACAAUAAUAACAGCCAGUAUGAAAGGGCAAAUUCACAAAACAAUUCACGUACAACAACUGCCCUUCCUAUUGCUUAUACAGCGAAUGGCCAACAAAAAAGCGAAGAUAAAAGUGAUGAAAAGUAUUUUUGUCUCAAUAAUCCUUUUCUAGUUGGUGUACAAUCAAAAUUUAGAAGAAAAUAUUACCACAAAACAUUAAUUGCAAUUUUAGUCUUAAUUAUUUUGAUAUUAUUCAUAGCAAUUAUAUGUGUCUCUGUAAGAGUUGCAAAAUAUUCAAGUGAUAUUUGUGAAACACCAGAAUGUUUAAGAGCUGCAUCGAAUUUAAUAUUAUCAAUGGAUAGAACAAUUGAUCCAUGUGAUGAUUUUUAUCGUUUUUCGUGUGGUAAUUGGCAUGAAGAACAUCCUCGGCCAGACAGUGUAACAUCAUACGAUUGGUUUACAGAAAAGCAAAAUAAAGUGAUGAGAACAAUAAGAGAAUUUUUAAAAUCAAAUCAAAGUGAAUCAGAUCCCGAAGCUGUUAAUAAAACAAAAAUAAUGUACAGAGCUUGUAUGGAUGUUAAUUCAAUGAAUAAGCUAGGAAUUAAGCCAGUUUUGAAAUACCUAGAAGAAUUUAAAUUACCUAUAAUACCAAAUAUAUUGAAUAUUACAUUAAAUAUUAAUACAACAAAUAAUAAUGAUUCUGUUAAUAUAAAUAACAAUAAUAUUAACGAAUUUAAUUGGAUUGAAUCAUUGGUACGAAUUAAGUUGGCAUUAGGAAUGGAUAUAAUUGUAGGAUUUGAUAUUUUAGCUGAUCCAAUGAACCGAAACACUACAAUUAUAGCUGUAGGAACACCCGAAGAAACAUCGCCUUUACCGUUUAUGGAAGAUCGAAUUCAUAAAAAACGGUUACGUAGAAAAUUAAUAAAUGAUUUAUUGGAAUAUAGUGGAUUUGAAGAAGACGAUCAAGCACAAGUAGAUGAUGAUACAGAUGAUAAAACAAAAGAUGAAACUGAUAAAAUUAAAAAAACCAAAAGUAGUGUUGUAGCCUAUAUGACUUACAUAAGAAAAGUUAUAGAAGUUUUUAUACAUGAAUUAGAUCCUAAUUUUAAAGUAGAUGAUAUCAAAGAAUCAUUAAAUGAGCAUAUCAUGAAUCAUUUAUUAUUAACAGAACAAAUAAUUGAAUUUAACGAUGAAGCUGAAAAUAUAACAAAGUUAUCACAUAAAAAUCAAUAUGAAAAUUUCUUGUAUAUGACAGUAAAAGAAAUUGAAAAUGUUACAGACGAAUUAAUUUCACCAAAAACACUGCCCAUUUUCGAUAUUUUUAUACCAGAAUUAUUUAAAGAAUAUUCUCAUAUUGUAGAAUUUAAUGAAACUCGUAAAUUAAUAACAAGUGAUCCUGAUUUAUAUUAUUUAAAACAAAUUAAACAAGUUGUAUUAGAAUUAACAAAAGAAAAACUAGAAUUCUAUAUAUGGUGGAAUGUUGUUGAAGAAUUGAUUGUACAUACUUCAGAUACAAUGAGACAAUUACAUAAUGAAUUAACACGAAUAUUAAUUAAAACCGAAGGUGGUCUCUCAAGGUCAUUAUAUUGUACAAGUGGUAUUAAUAGUUUAAUGGGUAUGGCGGUUAGUUAUACAUUAGCAUAUGAUAAUUUUCAUAAUGAAACGUUACCAAGAGUUAAAGACAUGUUGCAAAAUAUUCGUAGUGCAUUUAAUGAUUUAGUUAAAAAUACAAAUUGGAUGGAUAAAGAAACAAAAGAGAGAACAUUAAAAAAAUCAAUGAAUAUGAAAAGUUUCAUUGGUUUUCCUGAUUGGAUAACAAAUAAAACAGUAUUAGACGAAUAUUAUAAGGAAUUUAAAGUUAAUAUAACAACACAUUUAGAUAAUAUGAUAGGUGUAUUACGUUUACAAAUGAAGGAUAUUAUUAUGGAAUACAAUAAUAAAACAGAUAUGACUUGGGCAACAUCACCAUCAAAUGUUAAUGCGUUUCACACAUUUCAAACAAAUACUAUUACUGUUCCGAUUUCGAUUUUGCAGUAUCCAUUUUAUAAUCUUGGACUUGAAGCGCUGAAUUACGGUUCUAUUGGUGCUAUAUUAGGGCAUGAAUUGACUCAUGGAUUCGAUGAUAGUGGAAGAAUGUUUGAUGAACAUGGAAAUUUAAGACAAUGGUGGACAAAUAAAACUAUUAAUGAAUACAUAAAUAGGACUGAUUGUUUCAUUAAACAAUAUGAACGUUAUUAUUUGUCAGAUGUUGAUGAUCAUAUCGAUGGCGAAUUAACAUUAGGCGAAAAUAUUGCAGAUAAUGGUGGUUUACGUGAAGCAUAUUAUGCCUAUAAAAUUUUAAUAAAUCGAAUUGGAAGAGAAAAACGGUUGCCCGGACUAGAUUCAUAUACACAUGAGCAAUUACUAUUUAUAUCAUUUGGCAAUUUGUGGUGUGAAACGUUAACACCUAUAGCAACAAAAUAUGCUUUAGAGGAUUCGCACUGUCCUGGUCAUAUUCGAUUAAAAGGGGUAUUAACAAAUUCUCCUGAAUUCUCUGAAACUUUUAAUUGCCCAAAAGGAUCAAAUAUGAACCCUGCAGAAAAACGUUGUAGAAUAUGGUAAAAACCGUAUUUAAACUUUCCGCCUUUACUUAAAACAUAAUUUUAGUAUUUAAUUGAAACUGUAUUUGUGAUCUUAUGAUA